UGCAGGAGGCCAGCAGUUUGGUGUCGGUGUCUGGGGGGUCUUUAGAGCCUGACACUGUGACUUACAUGGGACUGCCCCAGAGCCUGACACUGUGACUUACAUGGGACUGCCCCAGAGCCUGGCGAGCCGUGGCCUCCUGUUUUCCUGAAGACGUAGGUGGGAUAAAUCUGCAGGACGCGUUGUAAUGUCACCAGUUGUGGUUGUAAAACAUGAGACGUUUUCCUAAUUUUGCUGUGAAUCUGGGACAAGAGCCAAGAGACUCCGGAUGUGAUGGGCUGUAAAGAUCCUGCCAUUCUGGAGUUGUUUUAUGGGCUACUUCUUCUUCUGUUUCUCAAGCUAGGUACCGAAUCCUGGAUUAAGAUGAAUGUUCUGGCACAGAAGCCUCGUAAUAACUCCACGGUCAUGUGAUCUGAUGCCUGUGAGAUCCACAAUAAUGAAUGCUGUGAGAUGUGAAGGAUUUAGGAAUGUGUCACCACAUUGUGUACUUGGUUUUGCACCUCAUCUUAUUCUUUGGAGUAGUCAAGUUGUGUGAAUCGGUAUGUGACAUCAGUCCAGACAAUAAAUAUGUCUACUGUAAAGGAGAAUACCUGAAGUAUGUUCCUCAGAAUCUGUCGGAGGAUGUGGAGUAUCUGGACUUGUCCUAUAAUAAAAUCACAGAACUGAACCGAGGAAGCUUUUCUCGAUACCCCUACUUAAAUACACUAAACCUGAGCUUCAAUAACAUUUCUCACAUAGACAAUGGAUCAUUCGAGGCCAACCUGCUGCUAAAGAACCUGAGUUUAUUUAAUAAUUCCCUUGUGGAGAUCCCAGCUUCAUCCCUGGAACAUCUUAAAAGCUUGCAAAUCCUUGACUUGUCCAAUAACUUCUACAGAUUCUCCACAUUGGGAAAAGAGUUUUACAAACUGGUGAAUUUACAGGUUUUAUCCAUAGGAGGCCCAUUGAUUUCUAGAGUACUAAAAGACGAUUUUGCAGUCAUCCAGAACAUCAGUCUGCAUAAGUUUGCUUUAAAGACAAAGUCAAGUUUGGACUACUAUGAGCAAGGGGCUUUCUCGGUGCUGAACACCGAGGUUUUCUGGCUGGACAUUGCUCUGGAUAGCAAUGCCAGUAUGUUAAAUGAUAUGUUAAAGGACUUGGCAGGAAAAAAGUUGACCACUCUCCGUUUCCGAAACUUAUUUGAGUUUUCUUAUUAUGAACAUGUGUUGGAUAUAUUCUCCUUCUUGCCUGCCAUUGAUAUAAGAGAUCUGAUCUUCUUUAGGGGAAAAUUUAAUGAGAAUCUUCUCCGUCUGGUCUUGAAGAAUGUUCAGAGUUCUAAGAUCAAAAACCUUUUACUGCUGUCUGUAGAUUUUGCUCGUUCUGUGAGGGACAAUACCUUGAAUACGACCAUUAAUGACUUGGUUUUACAGAACUUGGUCAUACAGGAUGUCACUAACCCAGAUAUCCUGAGGUUUGACUGGACCUUCACUUGGUUCAGCAAAGUCACUUAUCUGAGCAUCAUCAACGUCAACUUUAACUUUGUUCCCUGUGAUGCUUGGGGCCAAAUGGCUAAUGUUGUCUCACUAAAUAUAUCGAAUAACAGGCUAUUUGCUGCAUACCUUUACAACUUACAGUGUAAGCAGAAUGUGCUUCCAAACAUUGAGACAUUCAACGUUAGCCAUAACCAAAUAGACAGUCUGAGGACCAUCUCAUUACUGACAGCUAAGUGGCCAAAGCUCACCCAGUUAGACCUUGCGAAUAAUGCCAUUGGGAGCAUCAAGGAGUCUUGUGUGUGGAAUAUCAGCAUCAAAAUUUUAAUUUUACGGAACAAUAUGCUCACGGUGGAUGUGUUCCAGUGCCUUCCUGUAUCCUUGGAAUAUCUUGACAUGUCUAAUUCCCAUUUAGAACGCUUGGAUAUUAGUUAUUUUGACCAAGCUACAAACCUAACAAAGCUUAUUCUAAGAAAUAAUAAAAUCAUGUUCAUCCCAACAGGCUGGAACAGCCCUAACCUCCAGGUCCUAGCACUUGAAGGGAACUCUUUUGGAGUCAUUGAUCAAGGUUCUUUCCAAAAUCUGGUUCGAUUGAGAGAGUUGACUGCAGGGAACAAUCCUUAUCAUUGUACAUGUGACCUCAACGCUUUCAUCACAGAUACUCUUAAGGAGGGGUCCUUAUCGCUCCCCGACUGGCCAGAAAAAUACUAUUGCUACCAUCCGAUAUAUAUGCUGGACACCAGGAUUGAAUCCUUUAGCCCAGGGAGGCUGGAAUGUGAUGUCCGCUUAGUGGUGGCUGUUUCUGUCUCGGUGACAGCUUUUGUACUCAUCAUCGGCAUGCUGCUUUGCCUCAAGUUUGAUAUUCCCUGGUAUUUGAGAGCAACAUGUCAGAUAAUUCAAUCCAAAUACCGGUCCAGAAACAGUCAAGAAACAAGAGAAUAUGCCUUCAAUGCCUUCAUCUCCUAUAGCUACUCGGAUGCGGAUUGGGUAAGAAGAGUGUUACUGUCUCAUCUAGAAAACUCCAACCCACCAUACAGAGUUUGUAUUCAUGAGAGAGACUUCCUCCCGGGGAGAUGGAUUAUUGACAACAUAAUAGAGAACAUUGAGAACAGUCAGAAGAUCAUCUUUGUGUUGUCUCACAACUUUGUCAACAGUGAAUGGUGUAACUAUGAGCUCUACUUCGCCCAUCAGAGGGCCAUUGGCCAUUCUUUUGGAGACGUCAUUCUGGUGGUCAAGGAGAACAUGAAAAUGGAGGACCUGCCGAAAAGGUUCUGCAGACUGAGAAAACUGCUUAGCACUAAGACCUAUCUUGAGUGGCCUUUAGAGGAGAACCGCCAACCGUUCUUUUGGUUCCAACUCAAGAGCAUCUUGGGUAAAGGCAGCAAAAGUCUAUCUGUGCUAGAUAACAUGUCAAUGAUAAAUGAAACUACUGAUGUAGGCGUAGACAGAAAUUCAGAGUAAGAGAUAACUAUGACCACAAAGAGCAACCUAAACCUGUCCCCCUGUACCUGAAGCCACAUGCUGGGUGGUUAGUGUUGCUAGUGUCUCAUAGAUCCUCACUUGGAUACCAUUUCACAGGCUGAUUUUACAGAUAACCUCUAGCAUUGGUGCAAAUUUUCUCUGCUACAGAUCCUCAGUUAUAUCAUGGUUAUAUAAACUCCUGACACAUCCAGAGCUGCAUUCUUAAUUCUGCAGGUUUAAGCUCAGGAUGCCAGACUUAAUACUUUACUGUUGACUCCCGUUGAUUCAGUCUUUGAUCAAGAACAUGUUCUGUUUUGUUGUAUUGUGGGUGAAAGUAAAGUGCAUUGCUUUCAUGGAGACCAGCUUAGCUGGUACCAGUUUGAAUGCAGCCUUGGAUGUGAAUGGAGUAUCAGACAUUAUGCAAAGAAAGUAUUUACAAAGAUUUAACCUAUACAAUAAUGUAGAGAAGUGGAGCUCAUCCAUGAGUUUAUGGGACCUUUUCCUGCAGAGGCUGUCUGGUCUCGGGUCUACUGUGAAUUAACCUUUUCUAUACAUUUACUUUGAGUCUACAGAUGGAUUAUUAUCAUUGCAUUUGUCAACAUGAUCCUCCAGCUUCUGCACAACUACAAGUGCCAGAGCGUCUGCAGCUUUAGAGGAGUGGAGCUUUCCACCAAAAUGCAUUUUCCAGGAAAUCUGAUUAAUAACGCUGGCCGAGCUGGGGACUCACCUGAUAUAAAUAUUGCCAGAUUAGUAUUGUUUGUGAGAUCUGAGAAUCUGGUUGCUGCUCAACUUCAAACUGGUUUCUACAGUCAUGCCUGGGGGCCUCAUUCCAAGGCAGAAUUGUCUAGUUAAGAGCAGAGAAGAAGCAGUAUUAAUCAGAUUUUUCCAAAGCUAAAUGGAGCUCACGUCUGCCAGUAAAAUAACUUCUGCCAUUCAGUGAUGCCCACUAAAGGCAGGGUAAUCGAAGUAUAUUAUAGUUUCAGCACAAUGGAUCACUCCGUGUGUCCUGCUGGUGGCAGACGGAGCCAUCGUUGUAUGUGAACACUUUAUAAUGAUGUGAAUGUACAGUAUAUAUGUAUUUUUUUUACAUUAUUGUUAUCUGUUAAACGACUGAUGAUUGUCUACAUAAAGGCCUAUGGUUGGCCAAAUGAAUUAUUUUCCCCCGAUCAUUGCCCAGUAUACAUAGGGCCAGCGAUCAGAAAAUGCUUGUUAUUUGCUGAUCGCCUCCUCUAUGGGGACAUAAAAAGUAUUCCUGUGGGAAGCACAUUUCUCAUACAAACAAAGAUGUAAUAUGCGAAGUGUACGGGUAUGAACGAGCUUGGGUGACAGGGCCCUAGGUCAUAGGUCGGGGACCAGUAGCAUUUCACCCCAAAAAAAUUAUCACCUGUAUCCCUGAGUCGUUCUUUCUAUUCAGCCGGUACCCAGAUCUGCCUCGAUUUCUGGAUAGACUUAUACAAAAAAAACAACUGGGCUCAAAAAGUAACAAGAAUCUUUAUUGGUUACAUAUAUACAACAUGAAAAAAAAUUCGAUGAAACCUAAAUCUAAUGCUUUCGACUCCUCACUUAGAGAGUAAACUAAUAGUGGAUAAACCUAAUCCUAACAUACCCAUAGGACUGGCCAUCACGUGCCCGCUGCGCACUUCCGGUUGGACACGGGAGGCGCGUAGGUAUGAUGGCGGUUCCAGACGCGCGUCAUGACGCUAUCCAAACAAAGGGGCACACUCGAUUUUAAUGACUUGAUCUUGAUUGGUGAGUUGCGCAUUUAAAUGGGUCAAAUUUUCUAGGAUAGCCGCGCCCCCAGAUUAAGGUGUUGCCAAAACGCGCGUCGGGGUGCGCGAAUCUUCUGAGGUGGCUUCUCUACCUAUGGGUAGAUAAGGAUUAGGUCUAUCCACUAUUUGUUUAUUGUCUAAGUGAGGAGUCGAGAGCAUUAGAUGUGAUGGACACAAGUCUUUAUACCCUUAUACUAACUGAAUAAUGUACCGGGCAGUGUAGCAAUGCUGCAUAUUUCUUGACUCCCCUCUGUGUUGACUAAAGAUUUAUAUUAUCCCUCAGGCGAAUACCGCACUUCUACUUUGGUGUAUUUCAUCUCGAUUUUUAUCAUGUUGUAUAUAUGUGACCAGUAAAGAUUCUUGUUACUUUUUGAUCCAUUUGAGACUAAGUUGUUUUUUGUAUAGGUCUGCUCGUUUAGUAUUGAGUUGGCUCCUUUUUUGAGAGAAUUAUAUGCUGCCCACUCUUUUAUUUGGGUUUUUAUUCGCUUUUGUAUUAUGUAACCUGCAGGUAUUAACUCUAUUUCUGGAUAGGCUGGAUGACAGCUCUCACAAAAGUCACUGUAGUCACCCAGCUUCCUAAGACUCCUGAAUGGUAAAGCUGUCCGAUAUAUCGGCUCAUAAAUUGUGUCUGUUUGGCUACACUCAUUGACAAAAGUUAAAUACCGCCCCCAGAUAGAAAUGUCGGAUUGUUGCAAAACUCGUUCUGCAGUUAUGCCUCAGCAGAUAUGUAAACGAUUCCAGUUGCAGUCUGAUUAGACACUGGGUCUUUUCACAAGAGGGUGUAAAAGUGCUUCCAUCACUGUCCUAUAAAAAGGCUCUCAGAAGCUACUUUUGAGUAGUGUACCUCUUGGUAAGAGAGCGCUGGCUGCUCAUUCUGAUUCUGACACUAGGUGUUGUGAGCAGUGGUUACCUGGGGGCAUGCACACACAGUUAACAGUCCCUGGACGGCCCAGACAAACCACCAGUAGAGAGGAUUGUUUGAUCACUGACAAGCACGAGCGGCUCCCACAGUUUUGUUGUCCACCAUCCAAACACAGGUGGCACCUUUGUUACACCCCUGAUCUGGGGAGGCAUUACAUACGACAGUCACCCUAGUACUGAUACGAGGAGACACUAACAGCUCAGUGAUAUAUGCAGGACAUCCUGCUGACACAGGUGUCCUCUCAUGGCAGGGUCUCUAUUUAUCAGCCGGAUAAUGCUCACCCGCACACAGCAUGGGGUUUCCAGGAAUGUCUCCUCCAGAUUACACUUCCUCGGCUAGAAGCCGUAUCUCAUCCUGCAUUCAUGCUAGAGGCCGUAUCUCAUCUUGUAUCCAGGCUAGAGGCUGUAUCCCAUCUUGUAUCCAAGCUAGAAGCCGUAUCUCAUCUUGUAUCGAGGCUAGAGGUCAUAUCUCAUCUUGUAUCCAGGCUAGAGGCUGUAUCUCAUCGUGUAUCCAAGCUGAAGGCCGUAUCUCAACUUGUAUCUAGGCUAUAGGCUGUAUCUCAUCUUGCAUCCAGGCUACAGGCUGUAUCUCAUCUUAUAUACAGUUUUGAGGCCAUAUCUCAUCUUGUAUCCAGGCUAAAGGCCAUAUCUCAUCUUGUAUCCAGGCUAGAGG